GGGAAGAAAUGUCUUCUAUAAAAAUAAGUCCAAACAGGGAAUUAAUUUCCCAGUUUCACUGUUCAGCUGCCGAAGGGGACAUUGCCAGGGUAACAGUAAUACUCACUCAUUCUCCAUCUCUUCUCAAUGAAACUUCUGAAAAUGACUGGACUGCCUUAAUGUAUGCUGCACGGAAUGGGCACCCAGCUGUUGUCCAGUUUCUGCUUGAGAAAGGGUGUGACAGGUCCAUUGUCAAUAAAUCAAAGCAGACUGCACUGGAUAUUGCUAAAUUUUGGGGUUAUAAGCAUAUAGCUAACUUACUAGCUAAUGCUAAAGGUGGAAAGAAACCUUGGUUCUUAACCAAUGAAGUAGAAGAAUGUGAAAAUUAUUUUAGCAGGACCCUGCUAGACCGGAAGAGUGAAAAAAGAAAUGAUUCUGACUGGCUACUAGCUAAAGAAAGCCAUCCAGCUACAGUUUAUAUCCUUUUCUCAGAUUUAAAUCCCUUGGUUACUCUAGGUGGCAAUAAAGAAAGUUUUCAACAGCCAGAAGUCAGGCUUUGUCAGCUGAACUACACAGAUAUAAAGGAUUAUUUGGCCCAGCGUGAGAAAAUCACCUUGAUUUUCCUUGGAGUAGAACUUGAAAUGAGAAAAGAGUUAUUGAAUUAUGCUGGAGAAACCCCAAAAGAAGUGGAAGAUGGGUUGGUUGCCUGGUUUGCUCUAGGUAUUGAUCCUAUUGCUGCUGAAGAAUUUAAGCAAAGACAUGAACAUUGUUAUUUUCUUCAUCCUCCAAUGCCAGCACUUCUACAAUUAAAAGAAAAGGAAGCUGGGGUUGUCGCUCAAGCAAGAUCUGUUCUUGCCUGGCACAGUCGAUACAAGUUCUGUCCAACCUGUGGAAGUGCAACUAAAAUUGAAGAAGGUGGUUAUAAAAGAGUAUGUUUAAAAGAAAACUGCCCUAGCCUCCAUGGUGUUCAUAAUACGUCAUAUCCAAGAGUUGAUCCAGUAGUAAUCAUGCAAGUUAUUCAUCCAGAUGGGACCAAAUGUCUUUUAGGCAGACAGAAAAGAUUUCCCCCGGACAUGUUUACAUGCCUUGCUGGAUUUAUUGAGCCUGGGGAGACAAUAGAAGAUGCUGUUAGAAGAGAAGUAGAAGAGGAAAGUGGAGUUAAAGUUGGCCAUGUUCAGUAUGUCUCUUGUCAACCAUGGCCAAUGCCCUCAUCCUUAAUGAUUGGUUGCUUAGCCGUGGCAGUGUCUACAGAAAUUAAAGUUGACAAGAAUGAAAUAGAGGAUGCCCGCUGGUUCACUAGACAACAGGUCAUGGAUGUUCUGACCAAAGGGAAGCAGCAAGCGUUCUUUGUGCCACCAAGCCGAGCUAUUGCACAUCAGUUAAUCAAGCACUGGAUAGGGAUGAAUCCCAAUCUCUAA